GUCCUCUGUUUCUGUCUUUGUUGACAGAUAUUUUUUGUCGUGCUCCUUUUGAUUGGGCCAAUACGCGAGGCCCAUUAUCGAAUGUUAUAGUACGCGGGCCGACAAUUUCUUUAAUUUAUAAACCCAAAAUCUUACAACAACUAAAAUCUUACAACAAACAACUAAACAGACACUCGAUUUCUGUUGCAAGUCAGAUUGUUCUGUUGGCUUUCUCACGAACUUUGCUUAAACCCUAAAAACUACUGUUCUUCCUUCUCUCUCUGUAUAAAAAAUGGAAGAAUCUCACAUCGAAGAAGGAGAAAGCCAGAACAAACUACUCGAGGUUGCUCCUGCACUAAUAUCCGUUCACCCAUCUCAGGAAUCCGUAGCUGUCACCGUCGGUUCGGAUCUUCGUGUAUUCGAUCUUAUAGAGAAUCAGCCAGUUACUUUGGUGGAUGAAUCUGAUGGAUCUCCCCAUAAGGAUUCCGUUAGAGCUAUUAGCUAUGGUGCGAGUGGAAAGCUCUUCGUGUCUGCAGGCGAUGACAAGCUGGUCAAGAUUUGGUCUGCAGAGUCUUGGCGUUGCCUUAACACUAUAUCUUCUGAGAAGAGAGUUAGUGCGGUUGCUAUAAGCGGCAAUGAUUCGCAUGUUUGCUAUGCGGACAAGUUCGGUGUUGUAUGGGUUGUCGAGUUAGAUGGGAUCAGUGAGGGUCAUCAAGUUUUGCCUAGUAAGAAGGGUGCGCCGCUGCUUUCUCAUUAUUGUAGUAUUAUUACUAGCUUGGAGUUUUCCCCAGAUGGUCGAUAUAUUCUUAGUGCUGAUCGGGACUUUAAGAUAAGAGUGACUGUUUUUCCUAAGGAGCCUCUACAAGGGGCUCAUGAAAUACAGAGCUUUUGUCUUGGACAUACAGAGUUUGUUACCUGCAUAGCCUUUGUCUGUAAUCCAGAGCUUGCUCAAGGGUAUCUCAUGUCUGGAAGUGGAGAUUCAACAGUUCGGUUGUGGGAUAUUACAUCCGGGUCUCUUCUCGACACAUGUGAAGUUAGUACCAUGGCAGGACAAAUAGAGUCUAAUGAAAGUGAGCCGGUGCAAGUCACAGUGACUGAUAUAUGCGCUAUCCCGAAUACUUGUUCUGCAGCUGUGUCUAUUCAAAGUUUUCAAGGAAUAUUAUUGUUAAGCUGUGAUUUAUCAGCUCAUUCUCUCUCCCUCACAAAGGUAGUUAAAAUCCCUGGAGAAAGUUUCAUCCCCACUAGUAUUUCUUUAAGCACAUCUACAAGGUUACUAUGGAUGGUGUCAGGAGCCUCUAAUGGCUCGAACCAUCCUGGUUAUUCGAGGGUUCGUGUCAUCUCGUGCAUUGAGGCUGAACCAUCUUCAGUCCUCGAAGAUGAGCAGAUUCCCGGAGGGACGAAACUGUUGGAGAAAUUGCAAGGUAAAGUUUCAAUAGAAGAGAGUGUGAUGAGCGCUGCAGCAGAAGCUGUGAGAGCAGCAAUGUCCAGCCUUUUGAUGAAGAAGCAAUACUCUGACGAGAAGAGAGAGUUCAGGAAAAGAACCAGAAAUGAUAAGAAGACCACAAACUGAUUACUUUUAUUUUUUUUUUGGCUAAAACAUUAAUGUUUUUUUCAUCAUUGUAAUAUUUAGAUUAUGAUAACGUUACAGUUUGCAGCAGUGGCAAAUCCUUGAAUCAGAGACUAGUUUGAACUCUUGUUUGUGUAGCACAAAACUCAACUUUCAUUCGAUUUGGAACAGAUCCGUCCAUCGCUUUCUCUCUGUUCUAAAACGCGGCCGAGUAGCCGCAAACGCGGCCGCGAAAACGCUACUCGGAGACCCAGCGUUUCGAUUUGGGCCAACUCGCUAAACAAAAUCGGUUUGUUAAUAACCGGCCGCAUAAUCAAAGUUACGCGCUAUUAAUCCGAUUAAACACCGAUUAAUUUUAUAACUUUUGUAAAGCUAGGCCCAUCUUAUUGGGCCAUGACUUUGUUCAGAUCCGAAUGAUUUAUUAGAAGGGGACAUCUUGCUUAUU